CUUUUCCCCUAUCUCUCUAUCUCAAGUAGCCACUCUUUCUUCGAUUCUUCUUCCUUCAUUUUCUCCCUCACUCCAAUGGGCGCAACCACAGACCCAAUCCUAGACCCUUCCGAUGAACAACAAAAACGCUCCGAGAUCUAUACCUAUGAAGCCCCAUGGCACAUCUACGCCAUGAACUGGAGCGUCCGCCGCGAUAAAAAAUACCGAUUAGCCAUAGCUUCUCUGCUAGAACAAUACCCUAACCGAGUCGAAAUUGUUCAACUCGACGACACAAACGGCGAAAUCAAAUCCGAUCCAAAUCUUUCUUUCGAACAUCCAUAUCCACCUACCAAAGCAAUCUUCAUCCCUGAUAAAGACUGUCACCGCCCUGACCUCUUAGCCACCUCCAGCGAUUUUCUCCGCAUAUGGCGAAUCUCCGAUUCCGAUGAGUCACAGUCUCGCGUUGAACUCAAAAGUCUUCUUAACGGUAACAAAAACAGUGAGUAUUGUGGUCCUAUUACUUCCUUUGAUUGGAACGAAGCUGAACCCAGACGAAUAGGAACUUCCAGUAUUGACACAACUUGUACAAUUUGGGAUAUUGAAAAGGAAACGGUUGAUACGCAAUUGAUUGCUCAUGAUAAAGAGGUGUAUGAUAUAGCUUGGGGUGGUGUUGGUGUUUUCGCCUCGGUUUCUGCUGAUGGCUCCGUUAGGGUUUUUGAUUUACGCGAUAAGGAACAUUCCACUAUAAUUUACGAGAGUUCUGAACCUGAUACACCGUUGGUUAGGCUGGGUUGGAAUAAACAGGAUCCUCGCUAUAUGGCUACGAUUAUUAUGGAUACUGCUAAGGUUGUUGUUCUUGAUAUUCGUUUUCCGACCCUACCCGUUGUGGAAUUGCAGAGACAUCAAGCUAGUGUGAAUGCUAUUGCGUGGGCACCACAUAGUUCUUGCCAUAUUUGUACUGCUGGUGAUGAUUCUCAGGCGUUGAUUUGGGAUCUUUCUUCAAUGGGUCAACCUGUUGAAGGUGGGCUUGAUCCUAUUUUGGCUUAUACUGCUGGUGCUGAAAUUGAACAGCUUCAAUGGUCUUCUUCACAGCCUGAUUGGGUUGCUAUUGCUUUCUCCACUAAGCUUCAGAUUCUCAGGGUGUGAAAAAAAAGUGAAAAUUUACUCUGAUGAGUGUUCAAGGGCAAGGUGGGUUUGCUCUUUAUUUAAUUUUAAAAUUGUGUUAGUAUUUUUUUGUUGUUGUUAAAAGGUUAACUUUAUAUUGGGUUUAGAAUUAAGAUAAGAACAACAAGUAUUGGAUUGUUUCUGGUAAGAUAUAGAUACCGAUAUGAAUUGUGACAUUCUUGUUAGCUGGAUAAUCCAUUGAGAUUCUAUGUAAAUGUUAUUAGGCCUUAGUGUCUAUUUUAUUUUGGUUAUGCGAUUGAUACUAACUGUUAA